AUGUCUGACGCGGAACGGGCUCACCGUACAAUAUUAACCAUCGCCAGCGUGAAUUACACCGGAGAUGUAAUUUCAACGAUUGGCCUCGGUGAGCAUCCGAUCCCUUUCCCUGGUCCCACUAGCUCAACCGGUACUGACAAUGCGACGCAAGGCCUCCAAAUGUUCAUGGCCAUCUACGGUCUCACUGUCUAUCUCGACACACCACUCGAAGCCAAAAAGGGCCGUCUACCAUACAUCAUCAUCAGCUUCAUCAUCUUCAUCUUAUCGGCAAUCGACAUGGCGCUCAACCACUACCUCGAGUUUCGGAAACUGUUUUACUCGGAGGACACCUUAUGGAUAAUGGUGGUACCCGCCAUAAUGUACUUUGGCUUCCUUGGAACGACCCUCGCCUACCUCAUCCGUGAGGUCAUUGGUGAUACAAACGCGGAGUUCGAUGUGCGGUUCAGCCUCGCCAACAUCCUACUCACAGGCGCCUUCAACAUCAUCAUCACCUCUCUAAUCUGUUUCCGACUGAUUCGCGCUCAUUCUAAACUGUCGCGGCUCCUGCCAGGGCGCAACAUGCGGGCAUACAGGAACGUGGUAAACAUCCUCACCGAAUCAGCGUUGCCGAUUGCACUUUUUGGACCUCUAGCAGCCAUCCUGUAUGCGUGUGCGAUUUUGGGGAGGAUGGACAACGUCCCUGCGAGGUUAUAUGUAACCGCGCGGUUCUUUGAUAACUUGUACUGUACAUUCGCGGCGCUCUCCCCCCAGUUAAUCAUCUUCCGCGUAACAACAGGACGCUCAUUCACGAGCUACGAGCAAACGAAAGUCGGGAACCGGACGACUCGAAUAUCGCAGCCCAUCAUCUUCUACAACGGGCGCGACCUUGAUACUAUGGACGUUGAAGAGUCGAGAUCGGGGGAUGGGCGAGGCGACUCUGAUCUUGGUACUGAGAAUGAGAAAGGGAAUACAGGGCGAUAG